AUGAGAUUGUUAGCGUACGGGGGAGCGGUGGAUUUUGUGGACCAUUAUCUAAAAAUUAGUGCAUCUCUUGCUAGAGAUUCACUACGACAUUUUGUAGAAGGGGUGGUCGCCCACUUCGGGGACGAAUACUUAAGAAAGCCAAAUGAAGCAGAUCUAAGAAGAUUGUUGUACGCAGCUGAAGAGCGAGGAUUCCCAGGAAUGAUGGGUUCCAUCGACUGCAUGCACUGGAGAUGGAAAAAUUGUCCACUUCAAUUUAAAGGACUUUAUUCGGGAAGACCGGGUAAGCCAACAUUGGUUUUAGAAGCCGUUGCUUCGUAUGAUCUACGGAUAUGGCAUGCUUUCUUUGGAACGCCAGGUAGGUGUAAUGAUAUUAAUGUUCUUGAUAGAUCUCCAUUAUUUAAUGAUGUUUUUGAGGAUCGUGCACCCGCAGUUAACUAUGUUGUUAAUGGACACCAAUAA